AGAGGCAGCUGGCGGCCACAGCACGGUACCACAAAGGGCCCUCAUAAUCCCGUUAGUGUCUCCGGUUCGUGUCCACUAAUGACGGAGAGUCCGGACAGUAACGUCCAGCAGCGGACACACAGCGGCGGUACCGGGCCGACGGUGGUGAAGGUGGAGUCAUGUGUGUCAGAUGUGCCUGUCCUCAACCCUACACAUAACCCUGAGCUUCACUUCCUCCGGUCACGAGUUCGAGAGCUGGAAAGAGAAAAGGCUGAGCUGUCAGCAGAGAACCAGAGGCUGAAGAACAUGCUCGUCCACGAAAUCCCUGGGCUCCUGUCCACAAUGUGGCAAACGCUGGGCCAGGCCAAUGGUCAGAACUCCAUGUCCACAGCAACAGGCAGGAACAACAGUUACGCUCCAUACUCUCAUCACCAACCCCCAACUACCAAUCAGGAUGGAGACUUCAGCCCACAGGUCUACGUCCAACAGCUCCAGGAUGAACUGAGUGGAGACAUGUCAGAGUCCUGGGGCCCGCUGGGCUCUGACCAGGACGAGAUGUCAGGAGGAGCAGACCUGGGUCUGGGGAGCCAUAUGGCCGAGGAAGCGCCGCUCUGUAGUCAAACUGACAUGGAGGAGCUGAGGAGGAGCUGCUCUGAGAGCCAGUGCACUAGCGGACAUGCUAAUGGACAGGUGAGUCAGGUGGAGGUGUAUCCUGGCUCCGGUGUUCUCUGUGAUGUCCGCUCAUGGCAGGCGGCCAAUCAGGCCCAGUCUCCAACAGCAAUGGCACGAACGCUGUUGAUGGGUGUGUUUGAUAUGAACACUCUGAUGAACAGUAACCUGCGAGGAGGACGGAGUCGUCGGCCAGCCUUCCACCCACAACGCAGCGCACUCGACCCACACAAGAUCAACGCCAUCUUCAACGCCAUCUUGGCUCGGUUUCCUCUUGCAAAGAGAGGAGUCAUCGGUUCUGGCAUCAACUCUAAACUGUCUGAGAUUCGUUUCCGCUCUCGCCGAGCCAACCGGGAUCCAAGGUUUCUCUGACCACCCUAUUGCUGACUCCGCCCACCUGCAGACAUAAACAUCUAAUAUGAAUGCCAAGGUCUUCCUCUGCUGGACCAUGAGAAGCUUUCUGAUUGACUGACAGUUUGAACCUGAGCCUCAGGUUGGGUGAUUCAGCAUCCGUUAUCAUAGCGGUCUGUUGUGGAGCUUUGUGUUGUCAUAACUACCAGGUAAUCGACUUUAAAACUAAGACACACAGUGUGUCUGUGAAGAGACACAAAACUACCUCAUUAAGACUCAGAAACACACUAAGACUUGAAAAACGACUGAAAUGAUACAAAGAUCCCACAAGGAGUCACUGACAAUACUUAGUAAAAAGAUCCAUAACAUUACGAGAGACUUAAAAUGACCAUGAAGGAAGCUGAUAAGCAUGAAAACAUAACAGAAAGACUGAAGAGAGGAUGGCAAAAACAGUUAAAACAAUCACAAACCGACUUACAAAAAGACAAAAAGAGACAAAGACAUGUUCAUAAAAAUACACUCAACCCCCACUUUUUAUAGUAGAACAACCACAUAGAGACUAUAAAGAACUUCCUACUAUAAUUUUCACCAGUUACAGAGGAAAGCAAACUAACCACAAGGACUGAACAAAAAUGGUGGUUUCCAAAUGCAAAUACAGCACACUUAAGUCCAGUUCAGACCAAAGAUCUGUGAUGAAACAACUUGUGGUGGGCCGCUCUGCAACAUUUUUAAAGCUGACCAGUUCACAUCGCUGCAAAUAGAAUUAAAAUCUUCAAUUUUCCUUGGGAUUAAUAAAGUAUCUUAUAUCUGUCAGUCUGUUCGUCCAGCCAUCAGUCCAUUGAGGAGACAAUGCAUUACUUUCACAGAAGGGACUGUCAAAGUCACUCAAUUUAAAGUGAUUUAUUUCUUAAGUUACUGCUCAGUAAAUCUGUCUCAGUAAAGUACUGCACAUUCACUGUUUUUCGUGUGUCUUUGUUGCCAUGAUAAUGUAUAAAAUUUAGAUCAAAUACAGGUGCAUGAGAGUGAUUUAUCACAAAAAUCCACCAGGUGAUUACCAUUGUAGGGUGAUCAACGCUUUGUAUGGGAGGUUUCUCAGCUGAAUGUGAAACAUAUCCCAUGCAGUGGAUAAAUGAAACGGUCUAUCUGGCAUGUCUUGCAAUGCUCUAAAACCAGCUGUCUGUGACUUACCAAGCUGGAUCGUAAGUGGCAUCAUCAGACGGUGUGAUUCAUGCUGCAGCAGCUCAAUCCAGACAUCUGUGAUUGCCACUAGUGUCAUUCUAAAACUGUCUAGUCAUGUCACUCUUUGGUCUGAACUGGGCUUUAAGAAAGGACUACAAAGACACAACUGCAAAAAAAGAACUGGAACAUAAGUAGAUGUCCAAGCAGGAACCACAGCAAACUCAGAAAAGACGACCACAAUUAGUUAGAAUUAUAAAAUAUAACUUCUGUUACAAAGCAGCGAUGAAAAAGACAAAACCACAAACACUGAACCAUAAAGAACAUGACAUAUCACCUCACUUCAAACCUGACCUUUAAAAUGACUAAACAUGACCGAAAAGAGACAGCCAACUGCAAAGACGCGACAUCAAGACGCAUUUUUGUUUCUCACUCAGUACGUUUACAUGCACAGUGAAGCUACAGUUACAGCUCGAUUGAACUACUAUGUACAACCUAGCACAGAAGCACUGGAGGACAGUGGAUUUAUAAGCAUGUCCACCUCUGCUACAGUAGAUUUGGUUUAUGCCCUCUUUGGACAAGUCAGUUUGGACCAUCUUCCUGGUGGCCUUGCUAACAAGUUAGCCGAUGAUAAACUGGUUGUUUAACAGUGAAUAUGGGCUAAAUUUACAGAUCUGCACUCUUCAUAUAUAAACUAAACUUUGCUUUUGAUGUCAAUGAAAUGCACGCGGAACCUCGUGAUUAUACAGACAUCUCAAGACAUUCAAAACUGCAACCUCUGCUUUGCUGCGCUUUGACUCCUUGCUUCUGUAUGAGACCGAUGUCUGCUUAUCCAUAAAUAUAUGGAUGAUGCAUCCUAGUGUCUGACACAAGGAAGUGCACGUUUUCACAGAUGGGAAACUGAUGGAAACUUCAUGAAGCCACGGGGGGAGGAACAUGUUUGAGAAUUACAGAGACAAAAACAUUGCAUGUUAAGAAAUAAGUGAAGUAGUUGGCCUGCCACUGACGUAGUAUGUUUGGUAAAAUAUUAAAUAAUAAAGGUCAUAGGAACAGCUGAAUGAGCUCAGCUAAGCUAACUCAUUUAACUAUUCAAAUGUUUGGUUGGAAGGUUAAAAACAAACCUGUUUUGAUCUAAUCAUGCCAUGCUAAUCCACUUAAAUGUAAAAAUAUAUUUCAAACUGCAAAGGCAAUUUGACAGCACUCCAUAUUGACUGAUAAAUUGUGCUGUAUCACACAUCAAACUGAUUAAUCUGGCUGUAUUUCACAUCAAGUUGAGAAAAACACAACUGUUAGCAGAGGUGGGAAAAGUACAAGACUGAUUUUCUAAAGUAAAAGCACAGUCACUUCGGUUAAAGGUCACAUAUUAUGCAAAAUACACUUUUUUAGACUUUUCCAACAAAAAUAUGUGCCCCUGGCCUCUCCUCAAUCCCCCAAAACACAGAAAAAUUACUCAGUAAUUGAUGCUUUUGAAAUUUAAAGAAGUAAUGCAAUUCCCCUCACACAUAUAUAAGUAAAAGUAAAAUUACUGAAUUUAAAAUGCAACCAAAAAAGUAAAAGUUCACAAAAAGGCUACUAAAUUACAGUAAUUUAAGUAGAUCCAGUUGGGUCCUUCCAACCCUGACUGUAGAACCAUAUUUGAAUAACAUGACCCAGAAUCACAAUCUGGUGGAAUCAGAUCAAAAACUUUUUUUUGAGUCAUACAGCAUUAUAAACUGAAUCAAAGAAAAAGUCCUGUUUGCUAGUAAGCAGCUUGUUUUUUAAGAUAUGUUAGCACACUGUCAUACCGUCUUUCUGAAAUCCAUCAAAAAGUUUUUAUUUAUUUUAUUUUAACAAACUCAUAGCCUAUUUUGUAUCAAAAUAUCAUAGUAAAAAGGGGAGAAGUUUCGCAGGCAUGUCAGAUAUCACAGUGAUUCCCAUAGGAAUUAAAGGACUUCUGGUUGACUUGGAGCAUGCUCAGAGUCCAGUUUGGGUCCAGUUCAGGUGAAAACAUGCAACAAUAAACUGACCUCCAACUACAUUAUCGAGGUGUAUCAGUCCAAGUCUGAGUUAUUUGCUGCAGUGUGAUUUCAGACUAACAAGUCUGCAUUAGGGCUGUCAGUCUUAAUCGCAGUAAAGUGUCCCUUUAAGCACACUUUAGUUCCUCCAUGUCAGAGUCUCCCUGCAGCCACAGUGAAGCAAAACUAGUCCACCACUGCUCCUUAAUGUCUCAUUUCACCUUUAAACUCACAGACAGCUCAGUGAACAAGUCAAAUGUCAUCUGCACAUUGUUAUCAAACAUUUGUCUUUUUACAGGUCCUGUAUUUCCUUUUCAAUCCAUAACAAGAUCCUUUUUCCAUGGGUUAAGUUUAUGUCAUAAUCUUCAAUAUACGUAUAAUAGCAGAUCUGUAUCCAAACAAGAAGUGAGUAACUCCCAGUUUAAAGGCCUUACACAUGAAAGACAAUGCAAAAAAUGAGAAGGGUCAGAUACUCCAGGAGUAGCAGCAGCACUUGAAGGGCACAUGGUUCACUUUCCCAGACCUGAUCCAGUUCCACACAUGCUGGCUCACAGUCACUGUUGUGGUAUUAGGCUUAAAAAGUGAGGUUUCUCCCUCUCUCUGCUCCAGUCUGUGAGUUUGGCACUUUUAAGCACAUCCAGGAGGUCUGAGCCGUCCGGUUUCACUGUUUUAUCCAUUUAGCCAAGCUUGCUGGGAGGAAUGGCCAACUUUUUCAUUCAUUCUAUGUUAAAUAUUAUUCCUAAUAAUAUUAAAGGAACUCUAGAGGUUUUAUAUGAGAGGAGUUAACUCCCCUCACAACGAACCAAUUAGCGCACCUGUUUGUGCUACAGACAGGUAGAGGAGUAACUCUUGAUCUGAUUGAUCUGAAGUGUUUGUUAGCCGUAUGUCAGAGGUGAGAGGAGACUGUGGCGUUAAAUAUUUCAUUGGACUAAAGUACUGUAAGUUUGGAAACAGCUCCAGCUGUGAUCAUAGUGCAUUUACAUUCACACGGAGAGGUGAGGCUGCCUGUCUCCCUCUCUUACCAGGCUACGUAAGGCUAAAACCACAAACACUGUCUACAGACAAAUGUGAAAAGAAGACAAACAUCAUGUGAUGUUGGAGAGGAAGACAUUUAUACUUCUCUGUCCUCAAAGCUUAAAACAAGUGUUUUGAUUGGCCAGAUGUGUAAGUUGGGAGGGAAACUUUGCAAUUUCACUCUGAAAAAUUACACAGCUGCUGUGAAAGCUUGCAUUGUACAGAAGAGGAUUAGAGCCACUGGAAAAACAUUUGAGGCCUUUUUUUUUUACUUGUGAGAAAAAAAGUCAGAUUUCUUAGUUUAAAGUCAGAAUUCUGACUCUUUUCUCACAUGUAAAAAAAAAAUUGUCUAAUUUUUCCUUUUUUUCAGUGCCCCUUCCAUAGCAAUUACCUACUAUAUGCUCGAUUAAAAAAAAUUGUGUGAAUUAUUUGCAUGAAAAAAAGAGCUGUUGGUGUGCAAGGACCUUUAGACAAUAGAAAAAUCCCCCAGACCGUUUUGAAUUCCGUGUUGUGAAAUUUGAAAAUGGGAUAAACUGAAGAAAUUCUGAGUUAAUCGAAUUUAAAGUUGUCUUUUGACAGCUCUAGGUUUACAUGUGCUAAAGGUCCAGUUUUAUGAGAACCAGCUCAAUAAACAGACUUUAUUCUAAGUGCAUGUAAACGUACUGAUUGUGAGCCUGCCACUCACAUUGAGGACUUUUUCUGUUUACUUUGUACAUCAUGAGCUGCUGACGUGAAGACAUCACAUGAACUGGCUCCUCUUUUUUGUAAUGUUGGUUGUGUAAAUUAUUGCAUCAUCAGCAUAAAUUAAACCAUGUUCA